ACACACACACACACACACCCCUUCGUCCCCCGUUCCUCCUCCUCUGCUCCCCGCCAAUCCACCUGCCCUUCAUUACACGCCCCCGCUCGCGGCCCACAGGCUUCAUCACUUCCAUGGGCACUCACGUCCAUGAUGGCCAUGCGGCGCUUGACCGCUUGACUCUGCCUCGGGAUGGCUCGGACGCCGAGCUUUCCGGGCUUUUGCUUCAGGACAUGGAGUGUGGCAACACCCCGGCCGCCAUGAGCACCUCUCACUUGCUCGAGCGUCCGGCGAUCCUCCCCUGCGGGCAUGACUGCCUGGCGGACGUACACAGUCCGCCGGUGAGCUGCGUCGUCGGGGGCCAGUGUUCGGCCGACCUGUGCCAGCCGCCGCUCGAGCUGCUGAGCAUUACCUCGCUCGAUGUGGUUGAGGCCCCCUUGCCGGCUGGGCACUUUGCGGUGUUUUCCUUCGGCAUGUCAACCUUCCGGACAAGUGUAUUUCGCGACGGUCGCUCGCCGCUUCCGGAGGGCAACCUAUUGGCCUUUCUCCUUGUGAGGUCGUAUGAGACCCAGUACCCGCUGAAGAUCUCCCUCUAUCGCCAUCGGCGCCUGGCCAGCAGCAACGAGCUCAUUGGCGAGGGGUAUGUGGAUGUGGCCCUCCUCCGACGGGACGACCGCCAACAGUUCUCCAUUCCCUGCAUCAUGUCCCCGACCGGUUCCAGCGAAGCGACCUUCACCUUGACGAUCGCUGGCCGGCUGCUUUCCUGGCGUGCUAUCCAAGAGUCCUUCUUCGCGCACGCUGACGCGGCUCUCGGUGGCCAAUGUCUUGAGGACGUACCUCUGGACCGUUUGGCCACCCUGCUCGACCAGUGGACAAUGCAUGUUUGCUCGGCCUUCGAGAACCUCGAAACGGCCGGCCCACUGGCCAAGCGCUACCUGCUGGUACAUAGCUUGACGUAUACGCUCCUACAUGCACCGAGCCAGAGGGUUCUCGGGCUGCUGUCAGGAGAUGCGCCCGCAAAUGGGACUGGUACCAGCACACUGUCCUUGUCCUCGGGCGGCUCUUGCCAUUCUGACUCCCUCCCGGAUGAUCCCGCGGCUGCCUAUCCGGUAGCCGCUUCGACGGAGUACCUGGCCGAGUUGGACCGUGCCCUGGGCGAGGCUGGCGCUGAUAUGGUGCUCUCCCUGCCCGAGGAGAUGACCCACGCGUAUUCCGAGAACCCAUUCAUUGUUGGGGCCUUCUUUUCAGAGGCACAGGCGCGGCGAGGUCGCAUCGCGCGAAUCCUUCGCCGGCCACAUCGCGCAGGGGAUCUAAAGAGCUCCAUCAGUGUCGUGGAUCGAGCCACUGGGCUGGCCAUGGUGGAGACCAUCCCCUCGGCGGUGCGGCUGUCCAUUCGGGCCCUCUACAACCAAAACCAGCUCCUUCGCCGAAGCCUGGAGUCGGCCACCAUCCGGAAUCUCUUCCUCCGGCUGAGCAUCCGCCAGGGGCGUAAGUACAACGACCCACGCAGUGCCCAGUACAUCGCGGGCUUUGUGGACUUCCAUCAAAUCAACAUGGAAGACUUCGAGGCGCCGGCUCCCGGCCGGCCGGAUCAGCACUAUGGCUAUCAGACCUUCAAUGAGUUCUUCUUCCGGCCUCUUCGGCCCGGGGCCCGGCCUAUGGCCAGUCCCGGUGAUGAGCGCAUUUGCCUGGUCCCGGCGGAUUGCCGCUUGACGCUCUUCCGAACGGUGAACGAUGCCACGCGACUCUGGAUCAAAGGGCGGAACUUCAGUUUGGAGGCCCUCCUCCGGCUGGACUUGGCCCCGGGCGGGCUCAGCCUGGAUGCCAGCCGCUUCCAUCAUGGAGCCCUGGCCCUGUGUCGUCUGGCACCGCAAGACUAUCACCGGUUCCACUCGCCAGUGGCCGGCCGGGUGGUUGCGUGCAUCGACGUGCCGGGGGCCCUGUAUUCGGUCAAUCCGAUGGCCAUCCGAGGCACGGAGAUCGACGUGCUGACGGACAACAAGCGUGUGGUGCUUGUUAUUGACUCGCCGGAAUUCGGCCUGGUGGCUUAUGUCAUUGUGGGCGCCAUGAUGGUCGGGUCGAUCGUCUUCACCGGGCCCCACCGGGUAGGUGAGGAAAUCCGCCGAUUUGAUGAAAUCGGCUACUUUGCAUUCGGUGGCAGCACAGUGGUCUGCCUCUUUGAGCCCGGGCGCUUCACGCCAGAUUCCGACCUCGAGCGCAACAGUCAGCGCCCGAUCGAGACUCUUGUUCGUGUCGGCACGUCCAUGGGAACGGCGGCUGCUGGGCUGCGGUAGGGCAGUGUAGAUGGCGCCUGGCCUUGGCGCCGCGUGCCCUCGGUCCCCCCUCCCCCCCCCCCUCCC